AAACACCCGAAAGUACGGAAACUAUUUGAACAACUGGUGGCACAGUUGUCUAUUUAAGAAACUCGGCUACGGGGUGGCCAGGAAACCAGUUGAGCAUUGGCAGCGGAAGCAACAUGCGGUAUAUAUUUGUGACCCUUCUUCUGGCCAUCAUCCAUCAGCAGUCGUCUGCAGUGCAGCAGGUGCAAACUGAGCACACCAUUGUCGAGGAAUGGAGUUGGCGGGACAACCAGGGUAAUGGAGAUUCCAGUGGCUAUCAGUACGCCACAAGGCUGGAUAAUGACGAAGAUCUGUACGAUGAAGAUGGAGAUGAUGAGGAUGAGGAGGAGGACGAUGCUGAGGAUCUGCUGGCCCAAGCCUAUGCCGCCAGCCCGGAUGAGGAUGAGGAGAGCUGCGAGUACAGCUGUCCACGGUACUAUCGUCCCGUCUGCGUGCUCCGUAAUGGCCGGCAGGUGACCUUCGCCACGCCCUGCGAGUUCCACAACCAAGUGCGCUGCGCCAGUGUCCUGAAAAGUCGGGGUCAGGGUCAAUCGGCGCCUGUUUUUCAAUACCAGCACAAUGGUGCCUGCUGAAU